CAGGAAACAACGUGAGUUUGAAAAGUAUUACAAAAAAUGAAGUAUUUUUUGCUAGUUUUCUUGGUUUGCAUACUAUAUGCGCCAACUGAAUCUACAUUUUAUAAAUCAACUGGAUAUUAUACACCGAGUGAACCGUCGAUGUUGAAACAUAUUGGCAAAUCAGUAAUACGUGUUGUUAAAAGUGUGACCGAAGAGGUCGCAGAUGUAAUUUCAACAGUAAAAAAUGAUGCAACGAAAAAUGAUAAGGAGAUACCAGCUGAUCCGACGAUCCUGCUAAAUAUUGGUGCAUCAGCCGUCAAUAUUAUCAAAGGCGUUAUCGAAAAAAUACCAGAAGUGAUUCCAUCAGCAGAAGCCUUUUUUCAAUAUAGCCAAAAUAUCAUCAUGGGUUAUCCAUUUGAGAAGGUUUUUCAGGUCAUCAACUCAUUCUGUUCAGCCGCAAUGUCUUCGGAAAGUACAAAACCACUUGUAACACCAAAUAUUGCCGAUAUGAAUUACAUUCUCAAAGUCGGCGAUCGAAAUAUCUCAGUGCCAUUGAAUAAACCACAGCAAUUAUGGUUGUUAAAAGAAUUCAAUCCAAGAUUUCCACUUGUCAUGGUCAUAGCCGGAUGGACAUCAAACGUCAACGACGGGGGGAGUCCGGCAUUAGACGUAGUCUAUGCGGCCUAUCGUUGCCGUGGAAACGUUAACUUUGUGACCGUUGACACAGCUGGGUUGAUUGAUACCUUGUACACAUGGGCCGCCUUUAACACGGAAGAAAUCGGAAAUGUUAUUUCCGAAUCAUUGACAUACUUGGUGAAAAUUUAUCCCAUGCAAAAAAUUCAUCUUAUUGGUCUCUCGCUUGGAGCACACAUUGCCGGUUCGGCUGGACGAAAUUUCUACUACAAAACGGGCAAACGACUUCCCCGUAUAACUGCGUUGGAUGCGGCAAAUCCGUGUUUCAACUCAAGGGAAAAUGUGACUGGCAUUCAAAAAUCUGACGCUGAAUUCGUAUUAGCUAUACACUCAAACAACGGGGGCCUUGGCAAGAAAGAACCUUAUGGCGAUGUAGAUUUUUAUCCAAACGGAGUUCAACCACUUCCACCAGGCUGUUUGUCUAUUUCAUGUGCACAUCAGAGAGCGGCCGAUUUUUAUGCUGAGUCAGUGUACCCCGGCAGCGAGCACAAUUUUAUGGCAGUUAAAUGUGGGUCAUUCUCAUCGUUAAGUGAAAACUUAUGCACAGGUAGAGAGGUCCCAAUGGGCUACGCUACGCCGCAUAAUUUGGAGGGAAUUUUUUUGUUGCAAACCAAUGCUGAAAAGCCCUUUGGCAAGAAUGCAACACAAAAUGCAUGGCACCGUUGUUCGUAUCGCAGAUAUUUAAUGGAUUAGAAUGUGAGAAUGCAUUUCCGAUGA